AUGGCUAUGGUAGCACAGCAACUUAGGGAGAGUAGCAGUGGCAGCAUAAACAAGCAUCUUGAUUCAGGAAAAUAUGUUCGGUACACGGCAGAGCAGGUGGAGGCCUUGGAAAGGGUAUAUUCUGAGUGCCCAAAACCGAGUUCUUUGCGCCGCCAGCAACUGAUCCGGGAAUGCCCAAUUCUUUCCAACAUUGAGCCCAGACAGAUCAAAGUGUGGUUCCAAAACCGCAGGUGUCGGGAGAAGCAGAGGAAAGAAUCUACCAGACUUCAUAGCGUGAAUAAAAAACUGAGUGCUAUGAACAAGCUGUUGAUGGAGGAAAAUGAUCGCCUUCAGAAGCAGGUAUCGCAGCUGGUAUGCGAGAAUGGAUACAUGCGCCACCAAUUGCAAAGUGCAUCUGCAACAACAACUGAUGCAAGUUGCGAGUCUGCAGCAACCACCCCUCGUCAUGCUCUCAAAGACACUAACAAUCCUGCUGGACUCCUCUCAAUUGCGGAGGAGACUUUGGCAGAGUUCCUAUCAAAGGCCACAGGUACUGCUGUCGAUUGGGUCCAGAUGCCUGGGAUGAAGCCUGGUCCGGAUUCGGUUGGGAUCUUUGCCAUUUCACAAAGUAGCGGUGGAGUGGCAGCUCGAGCCUGCAGUCUUGUUAGUUUAGAACCUACUAAGAUUGCAGAGAUCCUUAAAGAUCGUUCUUCAUGGUUCCGGGACUGUCGGAGCCUUGAAGUUUUCACUAUGUUUCCUGCUGGAAAUGGAGGAACAAUUGAACUUGUGUAUACACAGACAUACGCACCAACUACACUGGCUCCUGCUCGUGACUUUUGGACUCUGAGAUACACAACCACCUUGGAAAAUGGAAGUCUUGUGGUCUGUGAAAGAUCUCUUUCUGGUACUGGGGCUGGCCCAAGCGCAGCAGCUUCACAGUUUUUAAGAGCUGAGAUGCUUCCAUCUGGAUAUUUAAUCCGGCCAUGUGAGGGUGGAGGAUCUAUCAUUCAUAUUGUUGAUCACCUGAAUCUCAAGGCCUGGAGUGUUCCAGAGGUGCUUCGGCCACUUUAUGAAUCACCAAACAUUAUAGCGCAGAAAAUGACUAUUGCAGCACUGCGAUAUAUCAGGCAGAUAGCUCAGGAGACAAGUGGUGAGAUAGCAUAUGGUCUUGGCCGGCAACCAGCUGUUCUACGCACAUUCAGCCAGAGAUUAAGCAGAGGCUUUAAUGAUGCUAUUAACAGCUUCAAUGAUGAUGGCUGGUCAUUAUUGAACUCUGACGGGGCUGAAGACGUAGUAGUCGCCAUCAACUCCUCCAAAAACCUGAGCGCUGGAUCAAAUAACCUUUCCUUUAUUGGAGGCGUUCUUUGUGCAAAAGCAUCUAUGCUACUUCAGAAUGUUCCUCCAGCAGUACUGGUUCGGGUUCUGAGGGAGCAUCGUUCAGAGUGGGCUGAUUUUAAUGUUGAUGCCUUCUCUGCCACUUCUUUAAAAGCGAGCUCGUAUGCAUAUCCAGGGAUGAGGCCUACAAGGUUUACUGGAAGCCAAAUCAUCAUGCCACUUGGUAAUACAAUUGAACAUGAAGAGAUGCUUGAAGUGAUUCGGCUGGAAGGACACUCUCUUGGCCAAGAAGAUGCUUUUAUCUCAAGGGACAUUCACCUUAUACAGAUGUGCAGCGGGGUUGAUGAGAAUGCAGUGGGAGCCUGCUCUGAACUUGUUUUUGCUCCAAUCGAUGAGAUGUUUCCUGAUGAUGCCCUACUGGUGCCCUCUGGUUUUCGCAUAAUUCCGCUCGAUUCAAAACCAGGGGACUCGCAUGAUACAUUGACUGCACAAAGAACACUAGAUUUGACAUCUAGCCUCGAAGUCGGCCCAGAAACAAACCAUGGUGCAGGAAAUGCGACAUCAUCUUAUAGUGCACGAUCGGUAUUGACUAUUGCCUUCCAAUUCCCAUUCGAGAGCAAUUUACAGGACAAUGUUGCUACAAUGGCACGUCAGUAUGUUCGUAGCGUGAUUUCCUCUGUGCAGAGGGUUUCCAUGGCCAUAUCUCCAUCGGGAUUGACCCCUACACUAGGGUUGAAGCUAUCCCCAGGCUCUCCAGAAGCUCUCACGCUAGCUCAUUGGAUCUGCCAGAGCUAUAGUUUCCAUGUGGGAACCGAAUUGGUGAGGGCUGAUACUAUAGGGGGUGAAUCAAUAUUGAAAACACUAUGGCAUCACCAAGAUGCCAUAUUGUGCUGCUCUUUGAAGGAGCUGCCAGUUUUCAUAUUCGCGAAUCAGGCUGGGCUCGACAUGCUGGAGACUACUCUAGUAGCUUUACAAGAUAUUACAUUAGAUAAGAUAUUUGACGAUGCUGGGCGUAAGGCAUUGUUUUCCGAAUUUGCCAAGAUAAUGGAACGGGGAUUUGCUUAUUUGCCGGGUGGUAUAUGCAUGUCAACAAUGGGGCGUCAUAUCUCGUAUGAACAAGCAAUCGUGUGGAAAGUCUUUGCAGCUGACGAGAAUACACUCCACUGCCUUGCCUUCUCUCUUGUCAACUGGUCUUUUGUCUAA